UCGCGUUCGAGCAGUCGCGCAAAUUCAUUCACCUCACGGACAUGACGGAGAGCUUCCAGGAAUACUACGACUCGUUCAAGGAUGCAAGGAACGACGCUAUGUCUGUGAUCCGACGCAUGCCAGAUGCAACUGGCAGUGGCGAGAAGGCUGCCCUCGAGAACGACGCCAACUCGAAAAUCAACGAAGCCGAACGGUACUACCGCAUUCUCGAGCAAGAAAGUCGAGGGGGGGACGCGCAUGAGAAGCGCAAGAUGCAAGUCCAGCUGCGCUCGUGUCAAUCUGACAUUGACAAGCUCAAGAACAACUUGAACAAGGCGCUGUUGGUGGGCCAGGCCUCCUCCGCUCGUACUACUACCCAAACAGACGCGUCGGGGUACCAGCAACGUCUGGAUCGCACGGGCGACCAUCUCGCUCAAGCCACCGCUACGAUCGUGGAGAUCGAGCAGAUUGGCGCCAACGUCGGUGAGACCUUGGCAAGAGAUCGGGAACGCCUUGAAGCUGCGCGCGGCAACGUCCAAGAAGUCCGCGCCGACACGGACGAAGCGAAGGUCCACCUCGGAAGUUUGGCGCGGAAGGCGUUGAGCAACAUUGUGUUGCUGUGGAUUGUCAUCUUGGGUCUUCUUGCUGCGAUUGCGUAUGCCUUGUACAAUCGAUUCAAGAAAAAGUAAUCCCAUGUCCAAAUCGAUCCGUAAACACUCACAUUGCCAUAUAUUUUCAAUUAGAUUCGAAAAUAUGUAUUAAAUAUUUCAAUCAUGCUGUUAAUCGAC